UAACUUCUGGUGUUUCAGAAAUUCUCGAAGGUUUGUGAAGUGGUGAUGGAUAAAGCGAACGAUGGAGACGGAUCUUCCAUGUUUUCUUUCUACGAGCCUUCCAUCCCAGUGACCGCCAGCCCAAACGUGGGGUCUUUGUCCCCGUAUUUGAACUUCGAUCCGGCUUUCAUUUCUCCCACGGGCCAGCCAGAAUUCAUUUUCCCUGAAGGCGCAUCGCACAAACGUGGCCGAUUCGAGUUGGCGUUUUCCCAGAUCGGUGGUUCUGUGAUGGUAGGUGCGGCUGCUGGCGGUGUAAAUGGUCUUUAUGCUGGCCUUCGAGAUACUGCCCUCGCUGGUCAUUCGGGAGCCAUACGUAGAACUCAGCUUUUAAAUUACGUAUUCAAACGAGGCUCCGCCAGUGCGAACGUUCUUGGAGUCCUGGCAGUCAUGUAUAGUGGUUUCGGAGUUCUUCUGUCUUAUGGCAGAGGUGUGGAUGAUGAGUUGAACACGUUAGCUGCAGCGGGCUUGAAACGAUGUGCGAUGGGUGGACUGGCAGGACUCGGAGUGUCGGCCCUCUAUGUUGCUCUCACCUCCAAAGACAAGCUGAAGGAGAUAUUGCUGCUGAGGAAUGCUUCCCAAAGCUCGUUGGACGAAAGUUCGCAGAAACCCCUGAGUAAGAAGGGGUCGUCAUUGGAUCGGUCUCCGUGUAAGAACAAGCAUCAUGCGAGGAAACUACUGGAAGGAAUGCAAUUACUGCGAGGGGAGCGGAUGUUGUGCGACGUGGUUCUCGUAGCUGGAGGAGCGGAAAUUCCGGCCCACAAACUGGUUCUUGCUGCAUCUAGUCCUUACUUCUUUGCCAUGUUCAAAGACUUCGAAGAAAAAAAUUUAGACAAGAUAACAAUUGGUGAAAUCGACGCUGAUGCUUUGCGCCUUCUUGUUGAAUACGUCUACUCGUCUGAAAUUAAAGUCACGGAAGAAAACGUUCAGAAUCUCUUACCGGCUGCGAACAUUUUGCAGCUUACCGCUGUGCGUGAUGUUUGCUGUGAAUUUUUGCUGGGCCAACUUCAUCCAUCUAACUGUUUGGGGAUAAGAUCAUUUGCAGACCUUCAUGGCUGUCAAGAUCUGUGCACAUCAGCACAGGCCUACGUUGAAAUGCAUUUUGACGAAGUGGUCGAAACGGACGAAUUCCUUGCGCUGAAGGGGCUGCAAGUGUGUGAGCUUAUAUCGUCGGAUCGUUUGUCGGUUUCUUCGGAAGAAAAGGUGUUCGAGUGUGUUAUAGAAUGGGUACAACAUGACAUCGAAGAAAGACUCCAAAAUCUACCCGAGUUGAUGGAGCAUGUGCGUCUUCCCCUGCUUUCAAAAGAUUAUUUGGUUCAACGAGUGGAGGUUGAACCAUUGCUGAAGAAAUCAUCCGCGUGCAAAGAUUUUCUGAUAGAGGCGCUGAAGUAUCACUUACUUCGUGAUAGCCAGAAGCGCGCCUUUAGAUCUAUUCGAACGCGACCGCGGCAGCCUGUUGGAUCGCCGAAGAUGAUGUUAGUCGUGGGUGGACAAGCACCUAAAGCCAUAAGAAGUGUGGAAUGCUACGAUUUCACAGAAUGCCAAUGGACAAUGGUCCAAGAAAUGCCAAUACGCCGUUGUAGAGCUGGUCUCGUCGUUGUCGGAAAUGAGGUGUGGGCUGUUGGUGGUUUUAAUGGUUCUUUGAGGAUUCGUGCAGUUGAUGCGUACGAUCCUACGACGGAUAGUUGGUCAGCCAUGCCACCAAUGGAAGCUCGCAGGUCUACAUUGGGAGUAGCUGUCGUGAAUGGACUAGUCUAUGCAAUAGGUGGCUUUGAUGGUUCCUCCGGACUGAGUUCCGGAGAAGUGUGUGACCCGAAAACUGGGGAAUGGCGAAGCAUUGCUGCUAUGUCUCUGCGGAGAUCAUCCGUAGGCGUUGGAGUCAUGGGGAAUCUCUUAUAUGCGGUCGGGGGAUACGACGGUGUGUCUCGCCAGUGUCUUAGUUCUGUUGAGUGCUACAAUGUGGAGACGAAUGCUUGGACUAUGGUGGCCGAAAUGACCGCACGUCGCAGUGGGGCUGGUGUGGGCGUUUGCAAUGGGAUUUUGUACGCCGUUGGCGGUCAUGAUGGUCCUUUGGUAAGGAACAGUGUGGAUGCGUAUAAUCCUGAGCGCGACGUUUGGUAUCCUGUGGCCGAAAUGGCGUCAUGUCGUCGGAAUGCCGGCGUGGUUUCGCUGAAUGGUUUGCUGUACGUUGUCGGAGGAGACGAUGGAUCCUCGAACUUGUCUACUGUUGAAGUAUACAAUCCUGAAACUGACACUUGGACGAUGUUGCCUCAUCGAAUGCGACAAGGACGCUCUGUAUUGAUAGAAUUAUGCGCAUCCUCGCUGUCUCGAUUCUAUUCGUCGCUAGUAAGUUCUGCUGAAUCCCGUGACCGAUCCGAUUUGCUCAUUUUACUUAAUAUUUCAGCUGCUUUGGUGGCGAGCGAAGAAAACUGUUCCGAUGGACCGAAGAUGUGGUGCUCUACUUUGAAAAAUGCGAAGACAUGUAACGCAAUGGAACAUUGCAUUCAAGCUGUGUGGGGAGCUCAAAAGUAUCCCGAAGAUUCGGACGUCCCGUGUCAUCAGUGUAAGGAGUUCGUUACUGAAGCUCGGGAUUUUUUGAAGAAAGGGAAACCUGGGAAAUCUGUGCGAGAUAUGUUCCAAGACAAUUGCAAAAAGUCGCCAUAUGCGUGGAUUGUCGCGGAAUGUGUCUCCCUGUCCGAAGGCUACGAAUUCGAAAUCGAGCGUCUCGUUGUGUCCACGCUUGAACCAUUGUCCUUGUGCACCGCUGCCCGUUUCUGCAAUAACAAGAAGAUCGAUGAAGGUAUUGCUGAAACAAAAAGCCAACAAGCUCCGAAAAUUGAAGAAUCUGGACCUUUUGUAAACCUCAACGACGACACCGAGAUUUUCUACAACGAAUGUGACGUUUGCCAAGCUAAGAUGGGCCAGUUGGCGAUUCACUUCAAAGCAAUGACGGAUGUUGAUGUUAUGGAUCGCUUAUUCAUGGUUUGUGGAGAGUUCGGUUCUUACUCGAGCAGCUGCUCAGCGCUUGUCAUGGCUCAUUUCGACAAAAUGAGGACGUGGAUUGAGAAUCGAUUGAAGCCGGUGGACCUGUGUCAGUUGACGAAUAAGUGCAUGCAACCUGAUUCGAACAAGCGUGGGGUUUUGAAAAAUGAAGACACGUGCGAAGUCUGUACGGAUACGUUGAACAACUGGCGGUCAAUCUUGGUUCUGAAUUCAACUGAGGAAGAUUUCAAGGAGCUUUUGCUGGACGUAUGUACGGAAGUAGGCUUCUUGGUUGACCAGUGCCGAGAUGUUGUGGAUCAAUACUACGUACCCCUGUACGACUGGCUGAUACACCAGUUCCAGCCAAAGGUGAUCUGCAAAGACAUCGGAUUUUGUUCUUCAACUGGAGAUUUGGAAGCAGAUGUUUGGCCUGUCCUCCCCGUCAACGAUGAAGAGAUCGCGGCUCCGAUCUCCAGCAAAGUUAACCUUCAGCCCCAAAUUUACGACAGGGGUGGUUUGGUGAAGGAUGGGCCUUUGGAAAGUGACGCCUCUUGGUUUGACAACAUUCCGGAUGCUAUUCGUCAUCCGCUGCUGCCUGUUAACGUUGUUAUCAACCCAAUGAGUGAAUCCACCGCGCAGCCCUUACCUGAGAAUAAGCUUCCGAGUCCGAUAGAACUUGCUGGAUCCGAAUCAUGCGCUAUCUGCCAAACUGUUCUGCAUGAGAUUGAAAACCAGCUGUCAGACGGACAAACUCAGGAUGAAAUCAAGAACAUCGUUGAAAACAUUUGCGAUCGCUUGCCUACCGGCAUUGACCAACAAUGUCGCGGCUUUGUUGAACGAUAUGGAAGCUUCGCCAUUGAACUUCUGGUGCAAAAAAUUGACCCAGCGAGUGUUUGUCCAAAGUUGAAUCUUUGCCCAGAGGGUAUCGAAAUCGAAAUUUUCUCCCUCGACGGUGGAGAAUUCCCCAAAAUUGUUUCCUAUGAUUUGGAGGCGAACUUGGCACCGCAGCAAGAAACCGUCACUUGCGUCAUUUGUGAAUAUGCCGUCGGAACGUUGCAGCAAAUCCUGGGGGAAAAUGCAACUCAAGAUGAAGUUCGCGAGGCUUUGGAUUCGUUGUGCGAUCGGCUCCCGGAUAAAGUCGUUGGAGAAUGUCGAUUGUUUGUCGACGCUUAUUCUGCAGAAGUCAUCGACGCUGUUCUUCUCAAUCUUACUCCACAGCAAACUUGCCGUUAUUUGAUGUUGUGCACUCCUCCGAAGCCAGCAAUCAUGGAUCAAAAGACGGACCUGACAGUGGAAGAUUUGGUCGCAUCGACGAAGGAAAGCACUGAGCUUGAAAGGGCGUUGGCGACUCCUGGAUGCAUCCUUUGCGAAUUUAUCAUGCGCCAAUUGGAUGAAAUGUUGAAGAACAAUGCGACCGAGGAAAAUAUUGAAGCGAAUUUGAAGAUGGUCUGUAGUGUUUUACCGAAGACCAUUCGCACCGAUUGCGACAAUUUCGUCGCCCAGUACUUCAAAGCCAUUAUUGAUACGUUGGAGAACGUUCCUCCUCAUGAGGCCUGUUCCGUCAUCGCGUUAUGCGCUUCUCGUCCCACUCACGGUAAAGAAAACUUCCGCAUCCAGAAGGAGACGAUGCGUUGUCUCAUUUGCAAGGAUUUGAUGGGCUUUUUGGAGGAAAUUAUUUCCGACGACAGAAUCGAUCAUGCAAUUGGAGAUGACCUGGAAAAGCUGUGCAAGUAUUUGCCGAAAGGAGUUGGCAAGAAGUACAAGGGUCAAUGUCGGGACAUAAUGGAGGAUUAUGGUCCCUACGUCGUUAGUCUCAUCGCAACUUUGAAAAAGCCGCAAGAGUUGUGUUCUUACAUCGAUAUGUGUGACGCAAUUCCCGGAAUGGCUCAGAUCGACCCUAACGUGGAAAACUGCGAAUUAGGACCGAAGUAUUACUGUGCCAAGAUGAGCCGGGCUAAGGCUUGUGGCAAAGUGUCGUUCUGCAACGAGAACAUCUUGACCCUGAAGAAGACCAAGAAAUCCUCCGUGAAGAAGUUGAAGCAUUAGAAGAAGUGGAAUUCGCGGGGCCUGAGAUAGAGCAAGUCGAACCUGAGCAUAUUCAAUGAAGCCCCUUCGAAAUCUAAAAAAAGUACGAGGCAGAAUUUGAAUUUAUUUUUCCAGCUUCUACGGUUGUAAUUUGCGGGCGCACCUGUUCUAUUGUCGUUCCGAAAAAUCCGUCGCAUGUCAAGAUGUCUUAGCCAUUCGCCAUUUGCUUGAGGCGUUGUGUGAUUUCAUGAAGGGGAUUAUGUAUAGGGGAAAGAUAAGGUUGAUUGUGAUCGAAGGAAGAUUUCAAACGCGUGUGACUUUGAUUGUCUCGCGUGGAGUUGAGUAGUAAUGUAGUUUCAGAAGGCCUGAUUAAAUUUCUGAUCUGCCGCGUACAAAGUUGCAUGAUGAUUUUCUGUUUCCCUCUUUUUGCGUCCUGCACUCGUUCUUUGCACAGAUAGCACCUAAACGCUCUUCGCUUUAUCACGCUGGGAUUCACGCCCCGUUUUUAUCAUUCGAAUCGUAUCUUCAUUUAUUUUUAGUGGAGCAUUGAGAUUCUCGCAGUGUAUAUCCUGAUCAAGAUUUCAAAUACAUCGUGUAUCAUUUUGUAAAAAAGAAA